UUGCCAAGCACUCUGGAAAGAGGGAAAGAGAAAAGUGUCACUGGCGGUGCAUAUCCUCCUAAGUUCAAGAAGAGAUCUGGAAGUCCAAGUGGCAGAAGCAGUGGAGAAAAGACAGUGUAUGAAAGAGAAACAGAAAAAGAACGAGAAAGAGCUUUUCCUGAUGAUGAUGAUGAUUUUUAAUUGAGAGGGAAUCCCAUCCAGUGCACCACAGCAGCAACAAAAAGGAGGUUUUUUUUCGUUUUUGAUUUUUUUCAAAGAAGAACUCGAUAAAGAAGAAGAAUAAAGAGGAAAAAAAAAAGAGGAGGAGGAUCGGCCCCCCAACACAUCCCCCCAAACCAGUGCAGCUCUCCAGGCGAUGCCAGUGUAAAUGCCAGGGCAAUGUCCCGUCGCAAGCAGGGAAACCCGCAGCACUUGUCACAAAGAGAGAUUAUCACACCAGAGGCUGACCAUGUGGAACCGGCACUGGCCGACGAGGACGAGAGCCUGGCAAUAGCAGACCCCGGCGGCAUCAGCAUCGCCGCGGGCGGGACAGACCCCGACUUGUUAACCUGCGGACAGUGUCAGAUGAACUUCCCGCUGGGAGACAUCUUGGUUUUUAUAGAGCACAAGAGAAAACAGUGCAAUGGCACUGGUGGUGUCUGCUAUGAAAAGAGCAUGGAUAAGAGCAGCCCUCCCCCCUCCUCACGCGCCGAGCUCAGGAAAGUGUCAGAGCCAGUGGAAAUCGGGAUCCAAGUCACACCCGAUGAAGAAGACCGUCUUCUCACGCCUACAAAAGGAAUUUGCCCCAAGCAGGAGAACAUUGCAGGGCCGUCCAGGCCUGCAAACCUGCCGGGGGCUCCCAUAGCUGCCUCCUCCCACCCUCACACAUCCGUGAUCACGUCACCUCUCCGCGCACUGGCCUCCCUCCCGCCCUGCCUUAGCCUGCCCUGCUGUGGUGCACGUGCAGUCUCAGUUGGCGGGACUCAGACUGAGAUUCAGACUGAGACGUCAGGCACAUUUGGAUGUCAUUGUCAGUUGUCAGGUAAAGAUGAGCCUUCAAGCUAUAUUUGCACAACAUGCAAGCAGCCUUUUAAUAGCGCUUGGUUCUUGCUUCAGCAUGCCCAGAACACACAUGGAUUCCGCAUCUACCUGGAAACAAGCCCUUCAAACAGUUCCCUUACUCCACGCAUCACCAUCCCUCCUCCUCUGGGACCGGAGACUGUUGCACAGUCCCCGCUGAUGAAUUUUCUUGGAGACAGCAACCCUUUCAACCUCUUGCGCAUGACAGGACCCAUCUUGCGUGAACACCCUGGCUUCGGUGAGGGUCGGCUCCCAAACACGCCUCCGCUGUUCAGCCCACCGCCUCGUCAUCAUCUGGAUCCACAUCGCCUUAGUGCCGAAGAAAUGGGGUUAGUCGCCCAGCAUCCCAGUGCCUUUGACAGAGUUAUGCGUUUAAACCCCAUGGCAAUUGAGUCCCCAGCGAUGGAUUUCUCCAGAAGGCUUCGAGAGCUGGCAGGAAACAGUUCCACCCCUCCGCCAGUCUCACCCAGUCGCACCAACCCUAUGCAUCGUCUGUUGAAUCCUUUCCAGCCGAGUCCUAAAUCACCUUUUUUGAGCACCCCGCCACUGCCCCCCAUGCCCCCCAGCAGCACUACGCCUCCCCAGCCUCAGGCCAAGAGCAAGUCCUGUGAAUUUUGUGGGAAAACUUUCAAGUUCCAGAGUAACCUUAUCGUGCACCGGCGCAGUCACACAGGAGAAAAGCCCUACAAGUGUCAGCUCUGUGACCACGCUUGCUCCCAGGCCAGCAAGCUAAAACGCCACAUGAAAACGCAUAUGCAUAAAGCUGGCUCCAUGACAGGCAGGUCAGAUGAUGGCCUGUCCACCACUAGUUCCCCAGAGCCAGGCACAAGUGAGCUCACUGGAGAGGGACUGAAAUCCAGUGAGGCAGAUUUCAGGAACGAGAGCGAUCCUUCCCUGGGCCAUGAUAACGAAGAAGAGGAAGAGGAGGAGGAGGAGGAAGAGGAGCUUGAAAAUGAGAGCCGACCAGAGUCAAGCUUUAGUAUGGACUCAGAGCUGAGUCGCAACCGAGAAAACGGCUCCAAGUCGCUGCCGGAUGAGAAAUCCCUCGUUUUGGGAAAAGUCAUCGAGAAUGUAAGUCUAGGUGCCAUUCAGCAAUACAACGACAUGUUAGCUGAGAAACAGAAGAGGAGUAGCUUCAUGAAAAGGUCCUCUGACCAGCGAGACUUGUGUCCUCGAGACCUCUGUCAGAGAGAUCCGGGCGACGAAGACUCAGUGGUAGGAGAGCUGGACCGCACUGAGGAAGGUACGGUCAACGGAAGAAACUUUGGCCCGGGUGAACCCUUCCCAAACUUGUUCCCCCGCAAGCCAACACCUAUCACGAGCCCCAGUUUGAACAAUUCCUCUAAAAGAAUAAAGGUAGAGAAAGAUUUGGACUUGCCACCAGCAACGAUAAUACCUUCCGAAAACGUUUACUCCCAGUGGCUGGUAGGGUAUGCAGCAUCGCGGCACUUCAUGAAGGAUCCGUUCCUCGGAUUCACAGACUCGCGACAAUCCCCCUUCGCGACCUCUUCCGAGCACUCCUCGGAGAACGGGAGCCUGCGUUUCUCCACUCCGCCGGGGGACAUGCUGGACGGGGGGCUCUCAGGGCGCAGCGGCACGGCGAGCGGAGGCAGCACCCCCCACAUCAGCGGACCCGGCCCCGGGCGACCCAGCUCGAAGGAAGGACGCAGGAGCGAUACAUGUGAGUACUGUGGCAAGGUCUUUAAGAACUGCAGCAAUUUGACGGUACACCGUCGGAGCCACACUGGAGAGCGGCCUUACAAAUGCGAGCUCUGCAACUAUGCAUGUGCCCAGAGCAGUAAGCUGACGCGCCAUAUGAAAACGCAUGGCCAGAUAGGGAAGGAGGUCUACCGCUGCGACAUUUGCCAGAUGCCCUUCAGUGUUUACAGCACCCUGGAGAAACACAUGAAAAAGUGGCAUGGAGAACAUUUGCUGACAAAUGACGUCAAAAUUGAGCAGGCAGAAAGAAGCUAAG